AUGCCAAGGGAGUCCAGGACGGCUGUGGAAGAGCGAGCACUGAGGGAGAUGCGGCUUGGCUGACCAAGCCGUUUAUGUCUGUAUUUGUUUUUGUGUUGGGCCUUUGUGUUGGCCAUCUCAGGAGGCGGGUGACUGAAGUGUGGACAGUGCGGUGACUCUCCCUUAUGGCUUUUACAGUGAGUCUAUGGUAGAAGGUGCUGCCAGUCAGGCGAAGGCCUGCUGUAAGGACACAAUUUGGACAGAAAGGGAGUGCUAGGAAAGGGAAACUUAACACACUUCCUGUUCUGCUGUGGUGAGGAACAAAUCUUCUUGCCUGGGCUGGUUUAUCUGCCCCGUCCAUCUCUGCCUGGGGAGUUCUUUGAUGCUGAGCUGAUCAAGUUAGAGUCUUCUUAUCGACUCCAUGCUUACCUCUGUUUGUUUUUAUUCCGAAGUUCGCUCUCUCGUUUUGCAAUAACCCACAGGGUGCUGGGUGUUGCGCCAGCUGUGCCUCAAUGAAGGAUCUUCACUCAACACCUUUCCCUUCCCGUCACACCAGUCAAUGUGACUCCUGCAUUUUCCAGCAGCAUUCGCUACGCAGUCCAGACUUCAGUCGAACUGCGGUUGGAGGUCAGAAAGGCUACCAGACCUACCGGGACCUACCAUGGGAUCUUCAAAAAAUUCAUCAGCCAGCCAUCAAAAUAAGACAUCUCGAGCCCUGGAAAAUUGCUCUAAUUGUUAUUGGAACAGCAGUGGCAGCAGCCAUCACCAUUGGUCUCCUAGUUUAUUUUCUGGCAUAUGAUCAGAAGCUGUUCUAUUACAGCGGCAACGUAAAAAUCACCAAUAUCCGGUACAGUAAUGAAUUGUCCAGACAGACCUCAGGGAAGUUUAGAGACCUGAGCGAGAGGGUUGAGAGACUGAUGGACAAGACAUUUCACAAUUCCAUUUUAAGGAAAAAAUACAUCCGUUCACGCUUAGUCAGAGUGAGUCCAGAUGCUGAUGGUGUGGUGGCAGAAGCUUUGCUCACAUUCUGGUUCUCCUCCACGGAUUGCAAAGAAGCACUGCGAGAAAGAGUUGAAAGGAUCUUACGAAGGGGCCUGAGAAAAUACACUGGACCCCUGCGAAUAAACGUCAGGUCUUCUACUGUCUCAAAUGUGGAGAGGAAAAGAGCAGAAGCAAUCUUCAAUGACAUCUGUGGGUUACGGCAGAAUAGAUCAGUCAAGUCAAUAGCGAAAGCAUCAUCGUUGCGAAUAGUCGGCGGAUUGUCUUCUGCAGAGACUGGGGAUUGGCCAUGGCAAGCUAGUUUGCAGUACAAUAAUAUCCAUCGCUGUGGUGCGACACUCAUCAGCAAUACGUGGCUUGUAUCUGCAGCUCACUGCUUCAGAGACAUGAGUCACCCUCACAAGUGGACUGCUACUUUUGGAGCUCUUUUGAAGCCACCAAGCUUGAAACGAUCAAUCAAGACUAUUAUUAUUCAUGAAAAGUACCGCUACCCAGAGCAUGAUUAUGACAUUGCACUUGUGAAGCUCUCUAAACAAGUUGAGUUUACAAGUAACAUACACCGUGUUUGUCUGCCUGAGCCAUCUGAGACUUUUCCAUAUAAUAUUCAUGCUGUCAUCACAGGCUGGGGAGCACUUACCAAUGACGGUCCAACUCCUAAUGCUCUUCAGGAAGCAACAGUGAAACUUAUUGACUCGAAUACUUGCAACAAAAAGGAAGUGUACGAUGGGGACAUAACACCCAGAAUGUUGUGUGCAGGAUACUUGGAAGGAGGAGUAGAUGCUUGCCAGGGGGACUCUGGGGGACCACUGGUUACUCCUGAUUCUAGACUGAUGUGGUACCUCGUGGGAAUAGUGAGCUGGGGAGACGAAUGUGCCAAACCAAAUAAACCUGGAGUUUACACACGAGUGACUUAUUUCCGUGACUGGAUUACCUCAAAAACUGGCAUCUAAUUCCAAAAUCAAAAAUGGAUUUAACUACAUAGGUUACACGUAACUCAUACUUGUCUGUAAUUGUGAAAAGUUAUUUUUUUUAGUAUAUACAUUCCUAUGUAGUUUUGGUCAAAGCAAACUUUGCCCGCAGCAAGCACUAUCUUUUCUGUCAGAGAUCCUAAGCCCUUGUGAAUUUAUACUAAGCAUAUGAGAUUGCUGUCCUCAUCUUUGAGCUUUGAAGCAUUCUCACUUAGAAAUUAUAAACUGUUGUAAUUAAACUAACAUUUAAAAGCUAGCUAUUUACCUCCUUUAUAAACACAGUUUCCGGGGAAAAAAAAAAAAAAAAAACAAAAAAAACCACAUUCAGCCACGGCUGAGGUCUGAAGAUGUCCACACUCUAAGCAUAGGGGAAGCUGAAGCAAAUGUUGUCACAGCUGACUUUCUAGGAAAGUGAACUCUUUAUUAUUCGUAUUAGAGAGCAUCAUCUGCACCGACUGUAUCCAAGACCCUGGAUACUCACUUUGCUUGGUGGUCUUGGUGGCUAAAAGGGGAUCAGCCAGGAGUGAGAACAGGUCCUAGUUAAGGAAGAGGAGGAUUUCUGUGCUUGCAGCAAGUUGGAAGAGAAAAGACAAAAGCUUCAUGUUCUUGUUUUUAAGCACAUUUUUAACAGGGAAAAAAAAAAAGGAGGAUUUUAUGAAGUUCAAAUUACAGCACUUCUACAAUAGCAUUUUCAAGUGUCACAAUAUCCUUGUACCAAUGCCCUUCUAGACAGUCUUUUCAACUUGCAAUGUUCUUAUUAUAUAGAAAUGCUAUCUUUACCAACAUUUGUUUGUAACAUGUCUCCAUGAACAACCUCACUGGAAGAAAACCCAGCAUUUAAAGUCAUGCUAAAGGAAAGAGAAUUAUUCACCACAAACUUGGAACUACCUUUUACUUGAAGUCACAAAAUUGUGUGCUUUUCCAAGGGCAUGCCAGCCAACAGAAGCCAUCUCACUGCAAAGAAAGUAAACAGUGAUAAACUGUCUUGCAUCAGUGAUGGAUUCAUUUCUGCCAUGAAUAAAUAUGAUCCUGUUUUAUGAGGCCAUUUCAUAUUAAAGAACAGUCCAGAUGAGAACUUCAGAGUAAAUGCGAUCCUUAUACAUGGACUGAGCACUUUUCCUACCUCUGUGCAGAACAUCUAGUAUAUUGCUGGUGGAAGGGGGAUCAGUGACGUGACUUUUGCUGUCCCCUACAGCCCAGGCCUUCCAUAUGAGGAACCAAAGUGACAAUCUAAUACUAUCUCCUUCUGCUGUCUUUGAGUGGCCACCAGACUGCUUAGGCUGUGAACGCAGGACUCGCAGGAGUCUGUACGAGACAUGAAAGAAUAUGCAAACCCCACAGCUGAAUUUAUAACAGAAAAUCUCCCCAAAGCAUCUUGACUCCCCUUCUACUCAAGAUUGGGUCUCUCAGCUCUUCUCCUGUGCAUGUUCUGUAAUGAUCAGAAUCCAUGGGAAUAGGAUGCUUGGCAUUGCCUGGAAAGUCAGACUGUGAAUGAAAAGUCUAUACACAGAUGGAAAAACCUACAUUGAAGCCUCAGGGUGGUGUAGGGGGAAGCGAUUGUCUUAUUUUUUCACCCCCUUCCAAUCUUUUUUCAUAUCUUUUGAAUUUUAGUUUAAAAAAAAAAAGAUACCUUAUCUCAGAAAUAAUUGAAGGCUUUAGUUUAAGUUUAGCUUUGCCUUUGAUGUAAUAGUAUCUUCAUUCUGAUUUUCCACGUCCAUUUGUCCAUUUAAAAAUUAAAAGGAUCUUGGGACAGUUAGGAGGAUAGUCAGAUGCAGCAAAUCUGUUUUCUUAAUUUAUUGGUGAAGUUUGUAAUUUAUGCACUUUUGAGUUGCUGCUAUUUUUAAAGAAUUUACUCUGGGCUAGGUUAUUACAAAAUAGAGACUGUACAGAGUUUUGGAUUAGGUCACCUGGAAACACAGUUUUCUUCUAGUGUUCAGGUUCCACUUUUUAUUAAAGGUAUCCUUUGGAAAGAAAAAAAAAA